UAAUAAAACGGAUCCUAGAUGAUGAAACACGUUCAAUUGUCACCAUACCGAUCACGUGCCGAUUCGGUAUCAUUAAGUUCAACAGCAUCAUAUUCUAGUUUAAGCCCUGAGCCACUUGGUUCACGUUCAUCUAGUUAUUCAUCGUUAAGCGAAUCUUCUGCGCCACAGACGACAAUUAAAGUGUAUGCGAAAUGUUUACGACCGGAUAUCGAAUACAAAACAUUGAGCAUAACAUUUCAAACAACUUGCAAAGAAGUGGUCACAACUUUGUUGAAUAAAUAUAAAAUGCGUCAUCGAGAUCCAAGAUUAUUUUACCUGUCGAUGGAAGUUACAGUACGAAAAGCUGGUGUUCGAACACAACUAGCGUUGGAUGAAGAUGCGCGACCUGCAGUUUUGCAAUCAUGUCAUCCUCGAGGGGAUUCAAAAUUUUCAUUACAAACCCGACGUGGUGGGUUAGUAAAAGUUUAUGAUUCAGCAUUGAUGAGCAACUCUCAAUAUAAGAGUCUUUUAAUCAGUGCCCGAACAACAUCCGAUGAAUUAAUUGCAUUAUUGUUAAGUUGCUAUGGAAGUUCAGAACCAAUUGAACAAUUUUCUUUAUAUGAAGUCAGCAAUGAUCGUGAACAACAACGGAAAUUACACCCAGACGAUAGACCAUUACUGGUUCAACAAUCGUGGCAGUUACCAUGCCAUUUCUUAAUCAGACGUAAUCCAGAUUAUCGGCCAUUAAGCAGACGAAAGUUUCAGUUUAAUUGGACACAUGAUUUAUCAACAAUUUCGAGUGGUACGACUAGUAACACAUCAACAAAACAACAUCCACAUUCAUCCACAAACCACUUGACGUCAUUACCGCCAAUAAUGCCAAAACGGAAUGAUGAACCAGAAAAACAAAAAUUUGUAGAAAGUAAAAGUCAACCAGCUACGCCGAAGUCAUCUUUAAAACAGUCAUUAAUACCUUCAUUGCAUCCAUUACGGAAACCGCCAUCAAUGCCAUGUAGUGGAACAAGCAAAACCAAGUAUGAAUUUCCAUCUUCAUCAUCAAUGAAAUUGGUCAACAGUACUUCAUAUUCAGAUUAUGAAAAUUGUUUCUAUAUAUAAAGAAAAGAAAAUUUUCCUCUAAUUGUUUUAUAAAUGUUCUUUGAUGUAUUUUCUUGUUUCUUAAGUACAAAUUUUUUUAUUUAUUUACGAGAAAUUUGGAAUUUUUAACUCAAAAGAUAUUAUUGGCUUAAAUAUAAGCCCUGGGGGAAACUGAAAAAACACUCCGUUUUCUAUCGACUUAUUAUCAUCAUUUUGUCGUCUUCUAAUUUUGUCUCGAUUGUCGCAACACAGUAUUUUUUCCAGUCUUCGAAACCCCUAUUUAGUCACUUCACUCUAUCGCUUUCAGCACUUUCAAAGUAUUUUGGUCUCGUUCGACUCAAAACAAGUAUAUUAGAGUGAUAAUUUAGUUCCGGGAAUAAAAUGAAGUCAAUCGGAAUCAAAUCUGGUGAUUAUGGUUAUUGACCGAUGGUAUUUGUAGAGGUGGUUUUAGGCUUAAGUCCAUGAGACCUAGGCAACAUUUGAACGCUCAAAAUUUUAAAAGUUACUAAUUUUUAAAAGGCACAAUUAAGUUUUUUGUCAAUUCUGAGAUUGAAUCCGCCACUGGGUAUUUGUCGCAUUUAAGGCCUUAAAUUUCGUUACAAAUACUCACCUACGCGAUUUUGUACUACUGUUAUGCAAAAUUCUUGAAUUAUUAAAUUAACGCCAAUUCUUUCGAAAUCAAACAUGAUAGACCAAACCCUGAAACAUUUUUGAUGGAAUUUUUUGAGCUUUUUCCUAACCAAAAACCUUUUGCAACGGAAAACAAUUUUAUAUUGGCUGCUAACUAUUUUAACCCAACAAAAAUUGUAAUAAUGAGCAGCUGCUGACUUUUACUUCAUUUUAUCAAUCAAAGACACCAAAUUUCUCGUAAUUUCUUUCUCGUAGCUAAUAAAAAAUCUAUUUAAUUUAUUUAAUAUGUGUGAAAAUGAAACCAAAGUU